AUGGGAGCAACUCCUUUCCAUCAUUCUAUCCUCGAGGUCUCGCUACCAAAGCACUUCGAUAAGGCAACGGACAUGAGGUAUGAUGGGAAACAAGACCCACAAAAGCAUCUGACGGCCUUCGAGGCCAGGAUGAACUUAGAAGGGGUAGGCGACGAAGUGAGGUGUCGCACCUUUCCCGUUACUUUGGCAGGGCCCGCAAUUCGGUGGUUCAACAGCCUUCUGGAAGGCUCGGUAGCGUCGUUCUCGGAUAUCACCCGCGCCUUCCUAGCCCAGUUUACUACACGCAUCGCAAAGGCGAAGGACCCAAUUAACCUGUUGGGGGUAACGCAAAAAGCCGGCGAACCGACCAGAAAAUACCUGGACAGGUUCAAUGACGAGUGCUUGGAGAUCGACGGCCUAACCAACUCGGUGGCCAGUUUAUACUUGACGAAUGGGUUGCUAAACGAGGAUUUCAGAAAUCAUCUCACCACCAAACCCGUGUGGACAAUGCAAGAAAUCUAA